AUGUUUCAUUAUGUUUUGUUUAUAAAUUAUCUUUUUAAUUGGUUUAUUACUAUAGAUAUUUUUAUUGCUGAACCAAAUCAAGAUUUGUAUGAAUUACGUAGACGUUACCCAUCGCAAUUUCUAGCAUUAGUUACAAAUUAUUUAGGCUUUUUAGUAUUCACCUCAGAGGAAUUAGAUCAAAUUCGUGAAAUUUUAGUAAAAGAUGCCAAACAAUCACAAACUACAACGUUAACAUCAUCAACAACAUCGACGACAACAGUCAAGACAGAUUUGGAAACUAAUAAGUCCGAAGUCAAUGAUAAUAAUAAUAGUAGUAAUAGUAAUAAUACAAACGAAAACAAUAGUAAAACACAGUAUACACCAAGAAAUAUGUUGAGUCGAUUACGUGAACAAAAACAAAAUGUUUCCAAAGGGAAUGAAAUUAAUCAUUGGUAUACAGUGGUCAAUGCAAUUAUACGAUUCAUGCUAAGAAAUAAAAAUUACAUCAGACAGUCCUGCAUUGUGUUGUAA